AACGGAUUCCUUUCCUUCGAUACAUAGUUUCCUUAGCUAUAUGAUUACUUAGGAAAGAAGAAAAAGACAACUUAAUUUCCAGACACCACGUCGGAUCGAAUCUCGGAACCCUCGCCGCGGCCGCAGCUAGCCAUGGCGAACAAGGAAAAGUGCGUGCGUCAUCCAGCAAAUUAGAUCGUCCCGUUCCUUGUUUCCGAUCCGGCCGGCUUUUAGCCAGCAAGCUAUAUAUGUGUACCCCCGCGUGUGAGUCUUCGCUCCUUCUCCUUCUCCCGAAGGAAAAAACAGAGCCUUCACUCGUUAGUUUCCGAUCCAUACACGCCACGAUCGACCGGAACCCUCGCCGUCGCCAGCCGCGGCGGCCCUAUGGCGGACCGCACCUUCCCACGGGUGGUCUUCAAUCCCUCCACUCCGACCUAGCGCCGGCACACUAUCGCCUGGACUUCCACCUCGAACCCGCUGCUGCACUUGGACGACGAGCCGCCGCUUCUCGAUGAGCUGGACACCCCGACCGAAUCUCUUCCUCGCCGAGGCGGAAGCAACCUCGCCGCCACCGCAGCAGCCAUGGUGAACAGAUACCUCCCCUUCUUCCAAGGGGUGGUACUCAACCAGGCCACGCCGACCCACCAUCCUAUCCCCGGGAACGGGAACGUCGCCGUCAACUUCGACGAUGAGCCGCCGCUUCUGGAGGAGCUCGACAUCGACACGGGCCUCAUCUGGCGGAAGGCGGUCUCCAUCCUCCACCCGCUCCGCUCCGUGGACCCGUCCCUCCACGCGGAAGCCGAUCUCUCCGGCCCCGCGCUGAUCCUACUCUCCUUGGCGUUCUUCCAGCUCCUGGCCGGGAAGCUCCACUUCGGGAUCGUCCUCGGCUGGGCCACCGCCGCGUCAGUCUUCCUCUACUUCAUCUCCUCCAUGCUCCUCUCGCCGGGACGAGGAGGCCGUGGCGACCUCAGCCUCUACCGUUGCGCCAGCCUGCUCGGAUACUCCAUCAUGUCCAUGACCAUCUUCUCGGCGGUAUCCCUCUUCCUGCCGCGGGGCGGCGGGCUCAUCUUCGCGGUGGGCAUGGGGUUCGUGCUGUGGUCUACAAGGGUCUGCAGCAGGCUGCUGGUAGCUUGUAGCGGCCAUGGCGAUGGGCAUCGGGGGAUCGUUGCCUACCCGUGCUUCCUCGUCUUCAUGCUCUUCUCCCUGCUCGUCAUCUUUUGAUGCUAGCUGUUUUUGGCUGCAGAUCAUGCUCAGAAAUCUUUUGCCAUGUGGAGUGUACAACUGCCUUUGAUCAGUCAUUGGAGAGGUUUUGCUGUGAUGCUACAAAACUAUUGAUGAUCUACUCCGCUGGUUGUACGGCACUGUAUAUCUUUAUCUUUUUACCUAAUAAUAUAAUCUUUAUCUUUAUCUUUACCUACUAACUAGCUAAGUGUCCGUGCGUUGCCACGGAUUAACAAAUAUAUAUAUACAAAGAGAAAAUUCAUGUGACAUGAGAGUCAAAGGUCAUUUCUAUGGGAUGAUAUCUCAUGGUCAUGAUCUAGUCGAUACAUACAUCUUGUCAUUGUCUUUCUUCCACACUCCAUGUCUGAGCUACCACGCGACAUUCGACUUCCUUCUCCCACCAUGCAUGCUUUUAUCUCCUAUUUCUCCUACCUUUACCUUACACGACAGUACCAAGUUUCUUGUCCAACUAUCAUAAUCUUCUCCGGUAGGGCACCCCCUUAGAUUAUUACUGACUUGUACAUGUUGCAAAUAAGAUCAACGAAAAUGGAUACUAAAUUUCUGAUGAGAAAUGAGAAUUCAGGGCAAUAUCUUCCCAAGACAAUAAUAAUUCCAAGACAAUCUUUUUAUACCUUCUGUCAACAUUGGGACACACAUUCCACACAAUAAGCAUGCAAUGAUGUUGAUACUUGAUUAAUUGUCAUUAUAUGUCUACAGUAAAGAUAACUUUACUCAAAACCGCCUAUCUUAGCCAAAUCAACAAAUCUCUCUCAUUAAUGCAAUUUUCUUUAGAAAACAAAUAAUAGAUUCUUGCCUAUCUUAGCCAAAUCAACGGAUCUCUUUCAUUAAUGCAAUUUGCUUUAGCAAACAAAUAAUAGAUUCUUUCCUACCUUAGCCAAAUCAACGGAUCUCUCCCAUUAAUGCAAUUUGCUUUAGCAAACAAAUAAUAGAUUCUUUCCUACCUUAGCCAAAUCAAUGGAUCUCUCCCCGGUUCGCUGGGCGCGUUUCGGUGGGUGGGCGUGGGGGUGGGGGUAAUUUGAUGGAAAUAAACCGGUUGAAAAUAAACCGGUUGAAAAUAAACGGAUCCUGUCUCACUCUUCACUUUCUUUACAAUAAACUUCAGAAUAGCAAUCUUGGCGAGUGAUCUCGACGGGGUUCAAUCGGCGUGGCGCACCGCUGAUUCUUCCAGGAGUGGGUGUUGAGAGGAAGGAUCCCAAACCUCCAUUGUCAAUCGGCCAGAGCUGCAUCUUCCUUUGGAUCAGAGCGUGGACGGGAUCAAGACGGUAGGGUUUGAGGAAUUUGUAGGACAUGAGGGUUUAUGGUUGGCAGCACGAGAACUCACCCAUAUCUUGGCAGACGGCAGGCCCGAGGUGCGGUCGUGUUCAUGCUUCGGGAGCUGCCACAUGCUGUCCUCGCCGCCAUCAGCGACACCACCGCCAUCACCUGUUGCCACCACUUCAGCGCCAUGAGCGUGGGACCGAGGGACGAAGGGAAGGGAAGGAAGUGAAUUGACGUACCUAUGUUUGGUAUAUAUCACACGAGGAAUCAAAACUGGAUGCACGUGAAAGCAUAGAGAUGGGAGAGGAGGACAGAGGAAGGGAAGGGCAAGAGGAACCUGAGGAUGUGCGAUGAAGGAGCGAUGCCAAAACAUCACAAAGGGGGACCCGUAGCUCGUCACGUAGCGCGGCCGCCUCAUUGCCGGCUGCCACCCCGCGCUACCGCCUCCGUGCGCAGGUUCCGUUCGUGGAGCGUGAGGAGCGCAUGACCUGCCUUCACCGCAGCCUGGUCCUCCCCACUAUCGUGAAGCUCGCCCGCAUCGCCGCCCCAAUUGCUCAGGAUGACGGAUGAAGAUCCUGCAACAGCGACGUGGGUGAGGGAUGCAGCCGAUGAUGGAGGGAUGAUUUUCGUGGCUAAACCCUCCCUAUCAAAAUAACUACUUAAAAAGGCAAAGAUCGAUGCAUUAGGAAAAUUAGGAUUUGGAAUUGAUUGUCAUAAAACAAAAUUUUAUUAAUUGAUAACGUGCUAUCGGUACAUGCCCGUUUAUAACGUGUCUAGUUAGGAAACUUUGGAAAAGUUAGGAAAGUUUUUAUUGUGAGGGUAAAAAAAUCAAUGUGAAGAGAUAUGGUGGUGGGAUAUGAGACGAAAAUAAACCGGACGAAAAUAAACCAGACGAAAUAUAACCAGACGAAAAUAAACCGUGGACGCAAUCCUACCAACUGCUCCAUUAGGAGUAGAGAUAAACCAGCGAUCGCUUCGUCGUCGGCUUUUUUGCACAAAACUCCCUUCGGUUCUGAGAAAUUAACCCGCAGUCCUAUUUUAAGUGGCUUAUCUAGAAAAACGUUUCGUUUAUGCAAAAAAGACCUUGUGAUUUGGGGUAUUCAACCCGCGAUCCAAGCAAAUUUGUAAAAAAAAAUACACACGACCGGGCUCGCCUCCUCUCCCUCUCGCCCACGAAGCCGCCGCUGCCCACGCCGCUCGCUUCUCCGGCGAGCUCCGGCGCCGCGCAGCACGCCCCGGAGCUCCCCACGGUCCGUCCAUCCCUCCCCUCCGGCCAUAUUCUCCGCUCCCGACCUCUACCGUCCGCUCGCAACCAAACCCUCGUGGCUAGGGUUUCGGGCAAAGCUUCGUCGGCGCAUCUCCGGCAGCCCCAGAUGCAGAUGAAGCACGCCAUGGGAGUUCCCCAUCCACCACGGUCGCCGCCGUCAAGCGCUUCUUCACGGAGAUGUGAAGGACCCCAUGGACCUGCAGCUCCUCAAGGUUUUAUCUUGUCCCCAUCCUAUCCCCUCCCCUUCCCGUCCCUUCCUCAUGAACAUACACAUUGGGUGACGGGAUGCACAACCACAGGACAAGGAGCAGGCUCUGGGUUCCCAGUGGACUCCCCAGCAGGCGCAUCUUUUGAGGAUGGCCACGAUAUUUAGAGGAUAGUGAAUUUGGUCAGCAUCCAAUGUAGAUAAAGGAAAUCAUAAUUUUCUAUUGGCAAUUUUCCCCAAGGUUUGAGCCUUCCCGUCCCUUAAAGCCAAUUUCUGUUUGAGCCUGCAGCAGAAUAUGUGUGCCCCAAGGUUUGAGGUGUGGCUUGUGUUGUUACCAAACGGCAAUGGAGAUUUCAAACUUUCUAUGUAAAUUCGUACGAGUAGAUUUCUUUUUAUUUAACAUCUCUAAAACAAUUAUCUAGAAGCAUUCGUUUGUAUGUUUUCAGUUUUUCAGAGAAGAAACACGUGUACAUGUUUAUCAGAUUUUUUGGGGAAAGAAGCCUACAGAGUACACAAUGAUUUGGGAUUUUGGAUGUUUCCCAUGGUCAUGCACGAAUUUAGUUAUUGAGCAACUAAGCAUCUUAGCCACCCGGUUGCUGAUUUCAUUCAUCACGCGACCAGUGUGGCUAAAGGCGAAUGCAGGUAAACCAAAAUUCUAUAUUGAACAUGCGGUACCUCCAUGGUAAAAGAAAGCUAGCCAGCGGGGCAUCAGAUGGGCCUGCUCAGCUAGCUUUAGAUUUUGUUCUGCAUCAAGAUUACAGAUUUAUAAUGCUAGGUUAACCAAUUCCAACGCAAGUGGCAUGUAUUUCUAUAUUUCUCUGUCCAUUGUAAGGAGUACAAACUGUAAAAAUUCCCACAUUAUCUCAAACAUCUUGGUGUAUAUCUAUGGUCUCUUUGUAUUGCUCUGAGGUUGAUCUGAUUUCUCUAUAGGCUCAAAAAUAAAGUACUGGCAUAUAUCCUAAAUCAUCUUUAUAUCACUUUGUAAGAGCAGCUGACAGGGGUGCAUGCCUUGCUUGAAUGCGCACAAAAUCAUGUUAAUAUAAUUUAUUGCCCUGAGUGAAAUAUUUGAACUAUUUCUUACUGUGUACAAGCUUAUUCUAUAUUACUUUGAAGAAAAUAGAAACUUUUAUAAUUAUCAUCUUUUAUGUGGGGGGGUGCUCCAUUAUUAAAUCUAGAAGUUCGUAGUAGAUAAUAUGUCAUUGUGUUGUUUGAAGACUGACUUGCUCUUUUGACUGGCAAAAUGUUGAUACUGACUAGAGGGCAGAAAUUGAGUUGAUCGCUACUUCUUUGCUUAAUUAAUUAGUCUUAUUCUUGGUGAAUUUUUAUUGUCAUCCUACACAAAUUAUGCGGGGGUAAGAGUACCAAUUGUUUUAUGGGCAUGCUGAGUGCGUAUUUCUGCAGUACUAAAUAUUGUUUAUUACCCCAAAUUGCUUUGUCGGAGGUAUAAUUUAUUCUCUGAUACUCUGUUUUGUGGGCCAAGCCGCAACAUAUCUUGAAAAUUCUAGCUCGACAUAUCUUUGUGUGACUCAUGUCCACAUGUGUUAAGUUGUUUUGAGUAUAAUCUUAAACAGGUGGAAGCGGAAUUAUUGUGUAUGAUGUUGUCUAGGUACAUAACAUAUACACUUCAAAGCACCCUUUGUUUAUUUGAAGAGUUUUGUAGCUUCUUUUCUAUCUUUCAAAAUUGCAGCUUUUCUUAGUUAGCGUUACUGAAUUACUUAAAAGUAAUUAACUUGUGCAUUCUGAAUACUGAAGGUGAUGGUUCUAGGCAUAGAGGCUGCUUGGCUUUGACUGAACUUGCUCAGAGGGGGUUGCUGCUCCCGUUAACCAAGUGUACAAGGCAAAGUUAUGUGGUGGGUCGUUUGAAGAGCUUGGCGCGGCGAUGUGGCAGGCUGCUCUGCAGCGGCACGAAUGGAUAGCUCGGUCAAUGGUGGCGGGACGACCGACUGAUCUGCGGCAGCGUGGAAGGAGAGCUCGGCAGUCAACGGCGGCUCGACCAGCUGGUCUGUGACAUUUCAGAGGGAGAACUUCUUGUACUGGUGUGCGUAUGCAUAGGUGCUGUACUAUCCUGGGUGCUCACUCCCCCAGGAUCCCACAAGUUCGCAUAGAGCUCAGACGUCGUUGGCGGCGUGGCAGGCUAAUCUGCCACCUCCACACGAGGAAUAUAUCACAUUCAAAAGUUGCUGCUCCGUGAUUAGGGCAUUGCAUUCAGGCAUUCAUUAUAUUAGAAGACAGAUUUAGCUAGCACUUGGUUCCAUCGGCAUUGUAGGGCCUUGAAUAUUUUCAAUCCUUGCCAGGACAGUUCUUGCCAUGAACGACGGGUCUCUCUCUGUGGUCUUAGUCCAAAAGCUGAAAUAGGGAACAAGAUGUGCCUUGCCGUGUGGAGUGUUGGGUAUCUUCUGCACUUGCUCCAUCAGCUGCAAAAACUAUAGCCCAAAAGCAGCAUACUGUUACUAUUUCAUAUCAUCUGUUGAUGAUUUGUUUUUUCAUAAUUGAACUGGCAAAUGAUGAAAAGGUGUAAUGUUUAAGGAUUUUUGCUAGAUGAUUUAUUGAUCCGAUUUAACUUUAGUAGGCAUCUGGGUACUAUUUAUGAAUUGAUAGUGCACCUUGCUUAAA